UGAAUAAAUUAGGUGAUAAGGUUCACUUUGAGUUGGAUAGUACAUCCUGCUGUCCGAUUUUCCACAAUCUCGUUCAUAAGCACAAAAUGCUCCAAAGAAAGAGGGUUUUGGACUUGAUACAGACAGUGACUUCAGCCUCGUGUAAAUGCCCGGCUCAUUCACAGCAGGUGCCGGUUCGUUUCAGAAAUGGGACCACAGCCGUACCUCUCCCGGAGACUGACUAUGCUUUUGAGAUGGCAUGUUCAACUAUUCGAUAUGGGCCAGGUGUUACGAGGGAAAUUGGAAUGGAUAUGAUGAAUAUGAAAGUGAAGAACGUCUGUGUCAUGACAGACCCACACCUUUCAAAGCUUCAGCCGGUUAAAACAGUGAUUGACUCACUCACAAAGCAUAAUGUCAAAUUUAGCGUGUAUGACAAAGUGAGAGUAGAACCGACAGAUAAAAGCUUUGAAGACGCGACUAAAUUUGCAAAGUCUUCUAAUUUUGAUUGUUUUCUUGCCGUUGGUGGCGGUUCGGUCAUGGAUACAUGUAAAGCAGCCAAUCUUUACACCAGCGACCCUGAUGCUGACUUUCUCGAUUAUGUCAAUGCACCCAUUGGUAAAGGGAAACCUGUCACGGUCCCAUUAAAGCCAUUAAUAGCCGUCCCAACAACAUCUGGAACUGGGAGUGAAACUACAGGAGUCAGUAUAUUUGAUUACGAGCCACUACAUGCGAAAACUGGAAUUGCAAAUAGAGCACUGAGACCUACUUUGGGUAUGGUUGAUCCACACCAUACGCUCUCACUGCCAGAAAGAGUUGUAGCUUACAGCGGAUUUGAUGUAUUUUGUCAUGCCCUGGAGUCGUUCACAGCUAUUCCUUUCAACAAGAGAAAGCCUUGUCCACCAAACCCUCUCCUCCGACCGGCAUACCAGGGUUCAAACCCAGUAUCUGAUGUCUGGGCCAGAUACGCUCUUCAAACAUUGAACAAAUAUUUUAAAAGGGCAGUUUAUGACCAAGAAGAUUUAGAAGCGAGGUCCAACAUGCACCUGGCGUCAACUAUGGCAGGAGUCGGUUUUGGAAAUGCUGGAGUUCAUCUCUGUCACGGACUUUCCUAUGCAAUCUCUGGGAAUGUUAAAACAUACCAGCCUGAAGGCUAUAGCAAAGACCAUCCUAUAAUUCCACAUGGGCUCUCGGUUGUUAUUUGUGCGCCAACAAUAUUCAACUUCACAGGAGAUUUCUGCCCAGAAAGGCAUAUUGAAGCAGCAGGUCUUCUGGGCGCUGACGUGUCAAAUGCUAAAAAAAGCGAUGCAGGCCGGAUACUUGCUGAUGUAGUAAGGAAGUACAUGGACACUAUGAAGGUUGAAAAUGGCCUUGGUGAACUCGGUUACACCAAAGAUGACAUUCCAGCAUUGGUUAAGGGAACCUUGCCACAAGACCGUAUCUUGAAACUUGCUCCAAGACCGCAGACCGAAGAAGAUUUGACAGGUUUAUUUGAAAACUCGUUGAAAAUUUAUUGAAUAUUAAGCAGAUGAAUAUUGUACAAUUUUACAAAAGAUCUGUUAUUUUUAUAUGAUAUGAAUUACAUAAUGUGCCACAGGUG